GCGUGCCGUUCGGUGACCGUGACUGCCGCAGGUCAAAGAUCGGGCCCGUGCUGGCCUGUCGGCUCUUUGUUAUUUUAAUUUUCUCCUGAAUAAGAAGAAUUUCCCUUUAGUUUGCCUAGAUCUUUGGACGCCAUGAAGGUUGUUACGUGUGUCGCGCCGGUCAACAUCGCCGUCAUCAAAUAUUGGGGCAAGAGAGACGAAGAGCUAAUUUUGCCUUUAAACGACUCAAUCAGUGCAACUCUCAGCACCGAUCACAUGCAUGCAAAAACUACCGUCAUGGCCAGCGAGACUUUUACCGAAGAUAAAAUCUGGCUCAAUGGAAAGGAAGAGUCAAUUGAAAACCCAAGACUGCAGAACUGCCUUAAAGACUUACGAGAAAAAGCAAAGAGGGAAGGUGAUGCUGUCACUGCCAAUUUGAAGGUUCACAUUUGCUCAGUCAACAAUUUUCCAACUGCAGCUGGAUUGGCGUCUUCCGCAGCAGGUUAUGCAUGCCUUGUUUACACGCUAGCCAAAGUUUUUGGUGUUGAGGGCGAUGUAUCAAGUGUAGCCAGAAGAGGCUCGGGCAGCGCUUGCCGAAGCGUUUUUGGUGGCUUUGUGCGUUGGCACCAAGGUGAAUUACUCUCUGGGGAGGAUUCGCUGGCCACCCAGAUAGUACCAGCGAACCACUGGCCGCAAAUGAGGAUACUUAUUUUAGUGGUGAGCGACGCAAGGAAAACGACGAGCAGCACUUCUGGCAUGCAGAGGAGUGUCGAGACCAGUGAACUUCUCACUCACCGCAUCAAAAAUUGUGUGCCUAAGCGAGUGGAGGCAAUGAAAAAGGCCAUCGAGGAGCGCGACUUUGAGACCUUUGCUGAGAUCACCAUGAAGGACAGCAACCAAUUCCACGCCGUCUGCCUCGACACUUAUCCACCGGCCGUCUACCUGAACGACGUAUCCCACGCAAUCAUCAGACUCGUCCACCAAUACAAUGCAGCUUGUGGCCAAAUAAAAGUGGCUUAUACUUUUGAUGCCGGUCCUAACGCCUGUCUCUAUUUAUUGGAGCAGGACGUGCCCACAGUUGCGGCACUGGUCCGACUUGUUUUCCCUCCAAAUCCUGAGCAGCAACAGGACUUCUUCAGGGGCAUCCCUGUCAUACCCAGCGUCAUUCUACCUCCGAUUAACGAACCCCCUCAAGUGGGUAAAAUUCGUUACGUGAUUCACACCAAAGUGGGCGAAGGACCCAGCCAAGUGGACGAUCACCUUCUCUCAGAGGAUGGGCAGCCAAAAUAAAAGGAUCGAAUUUAUUGAUUUGACCUGAAUGACAAGUAUUUUAAUACACCAAUGACUUAAUUAGCUAAGGUGACGGAAUCUCUUUUUAUCUUGACGAGAGCGAUUAUGGAAAAAUUGUUACGUUUUUGUAACUCGUCACAAUAUUUUUUAUGUCUAAGUCUUAAGUGGGUCACGUUGAUAAGGAAAUUCUUAUAAAUAUUAUUUUGAAAAUUGAAAGUAUUAUCUUUGAUAUUUUUCUACAUUGAUUUUUGGUUAAUAAAAAACAUGUAUACACUUGA